CUGGAUAAACGACUAUGGAUCCCGUCUUUCGUUUUAUUUGUUUAUUCCGUGGGCGUGCUUGUACUCCUCGAACGCAUUUCCAUAAAUACUUCACCUGAGGAAGCUGUUAUUAGUGCUGCGAAGUUUUCCAUGAGAACAUCAAAGGAGGGCACUGAAAUCGUGUUGGGUUCUUGUACAUUAUGUGUGCCAAAAUCUUCCAGUGCACACAACCCAGUUCUUCAGAUGGUGCGUUUUGCUCAGUACAUGUGCGGUGUGGCAUAUCUUUAUCUGUACCCCAUGGUGCCGAAAUAUAUCCUUCAGUCACGUCGGUCUACCUCGCGACAUGCGUGCGAGGCUCGUCUGGUUUCUGCAACGCACAAAUUGCAGCCAUCUAAUGCUGCAAUAUCUGAAGCCGUCCCAACGGAAAUCAGUGACCGCAUUAAACCGGAACAUCGCAGGUGCUUCUCUUAUCAUUUUUCUUAUCUUGAAUCGACCUAUUCCUCAUGUUUCUUCAAAAAAAAAAAAACAUUCCUCAUGUCAAAGUGAUAAUAUGACAGCUAUACGCAGAUGCUUGUAAUUAGGUACUGCCUCCGCCCCACGCUCUUAUAUUGUGGGACGGAGGGAGUACCAAAUUGCCGGGGUGAAAAGAGGGGAUCAUGUAUCUAUGGCUAACAUGUUGUCUUCUCUAACCUGACAAAUAUGUAUGUGACUGCUACUGUAACAGUGUUCCUACUGAUUCCUGUAACACCACUGAAAAACAUUGUGACACCGUGAAGGUAGAGGCUAUGGUUGCCGCUAGUUCGUUGGCCGCAUCUGCUGUUCCAAACAGCGGGACAUGGAACCGUAGCCUCCUCUCUGGCUUCACACCUCGAUAUGACAUGAAGAUAAUAGCGAUGAUGAUCAUCAAGAUGUAUGUUGCUUCUAUGAAGAACAAGGUGUUGGCUAUUGAAAAUAAGUACUUGUCUCGGACAAUCACUUGUUCAGAACACAAGGAUGAACAUUUGGGGGUGCUGAGUGACCUCCAGACAGGACAAGAAAAUACGUUCGUGGUUACGAAAGCCAUUCCUGACACUAAACCAGAACAACCCAGUGGUCCUGACACCAUCAAGGCAGAGGAGCGCAAAGUGGCAGCUACUUGGUUGAUUGCCACUGCCGCUUCGCACCACGCAACAGGAGACCAUAGCCUCCUCUCUGGCUUCACACCGGAAGAUGGCCUCUUUGUCAAGGCCGGCGAUGGGUCGCCCAUGCAGGUUCUCGGCCGCGGCUCCGUGGUAACCGGCGCGGUGGUCCUCCCGGACGUGUGGUUUGUCCCGGGGCUCACGGCGAACCUGGUCUCGGUGAGCAAACUCACCGAGCUCGACUACAGCGUCGGGUUCGCCCGUGCCGCGUGUUACAUCAGGUGCGCUGCCGACGGCACAGUCAUCGGCAAGGCGCAUGCCGGAGAAGAUGGGAUGUUCGAGCUGGACUUCCUCAGAGUCCCCCCUGCCUCCUAGCAUUUUGCCACUUCGUGUGUAAGUAGUGGAAUGCCUCGAAACUGGUCGAUGGUCUUGUAAUUUGAAAUAAGCUUGCCUAGUUGCACCACCGAAUGCAGCUUCGUGCAUGGCUUUUUAUCGCCCUGAUGAUACAGGAUAUCGUGCUUUAAUUAUCAGUUUGCUAUCUGA